ACGCAGCACUGCUGUCCUGCUGCCGGCCUCAUGGUCCACCUCACAGUCUCCUCCGUGAGAUUUCUUACUCUGAAAAUACUUUAUUAACUUAGUUUUUAACCUGGGAGCGUUGGUUUCCUCCAGCUCCACUAACAGAUGAUAAGAAUACGCGUCCGCCAUGAUGGCUGCACCGCUGUCUGUCUGCUGACACUUUCACUUUCCUUUCUCUGUAAACGAAAGCUUCACUUUAUUAUUUAUCACCAGUGUUCGUGGCGUUGUGUUCAGCUUUCAGGGUUGGUCUAUAGAGGUGCAGCAGGAAGGAGACAUUUUUUAAAGAAACAUUAACUUUAACUGGCAAGUUUUUACUUUCGGUUUUUCAUUCGGGACUUUCCAUGCCAAAGGAUAAGGAAUUCUAAGAAACAAUGAGUAAACUUGACUUUCCCCUUGACGGACCUUCAGUUAACAUUGUGACAGAGUUUGGAGCUGCUCUGAGUGACAUCAUUGUGAGCAAAUAUGGAUGUGUGGCCACCUUCCAUGGUGUGGAUUUGGAGGCCGGUGGCAGCACUGCGCAGCGCAGAAAACCAACUCCUGUUGCCCGUGAGAAAAGAUGUGAAUUUAUUCUGCCUGCAAGAGUUAAGAUCUCUGUAUGGAAGGCUGAUCUUACUAGUUUCCGUGCAGAUGCUGUUGUGAAUGCUGCUAAUGAGCGUCUGAAACACUAUGGAGGCCUUGCUCACGCUCUGUGUGAUGCAGGCGGUCCUCAGAUCCAACAAGAAAGUGAUGAUUAUAUCAGAAAGCAUGGCCCAUUGAAAACAGGAGAUGCAGUUGUUUUAGGUGCAGGAAGUCUACCCUGUAAUAAGAUAAUUCAUGCUGUGGGUCCAGAUCUGCCAAUGCAUCCUUCGAAAAACGAGGUACAAAAAGCAGAACCACUGUUGCAGAGAGCAAUCGGGAACAUUUUUGACAAAGCUGAAGAUAAUAAUCUGACAAACGUUGCCAUUCCUGCUAUAAGUUCUGGAUUGUUCCACUACCCUCUGCCACUCUGUGCAAACACCAUCGUGUUAACGGUGAAACACAUCUAUGAAAAUUCUCCCCCUCAAAAUAAUCUUCCUAAAGAGGUUUUCUUUGUGAACCAUGAUGAGCCCACAGUCAGGGAGAUGGAGCGGGCGUGCCAUCACAUAUUUGGUUCUCAGCAGGCAGUGGUGCACACCCAGCCAAUGACACACAAUCAGGCACUGACACACACCCAGCCAAUGACACACAAUCAGGCACCAACGUACAGCCAGGCAGCUUCAAGAAACACAAGAUCUUCUUCCAAAACUUCACAACCUGUCCACAUCCAGAUCGGAAACGUUCUUCUGACUCUGAAGAAAGAUAUGAUUGAAGAUCAAAAAACAGAUGUCAUUGUAAACACUGCUUCACCCUGCGGAAAGCUGAACAUGGGCCAGAUUUCCAAAGCGAUCCUGCAGAAAGCAGGUUGGGAAAUGCAGAAAGAAAUCAAUAGAUCAGAGAAGAAGAGCUAUGUUGUCCGCACAAAAUCUUACAAGCUACACUGCAAAGAAGUGUAUCACACUUUCUGCAUUGAAAAGUGGUCAGAUGUAGCAGCAGUUACACAACAGGUCCUGUUCGGCUCUGUAAUGGAAUGCUUACAGACAGCAGCGGGGAGUAAUCACAAAUCGAUCUCCUUCCCUGCCAUCGGCACUGGAGCCCUGGGCUUCAGUAAAGAUGAAUCUGCCUUCUUCAUGUUGGAGGCGGUGGUUCAAUUUGCACAAAUGUCUCAGAAGAAGCUGGAAGUUUUCUUCAUCAUAUAUCCUUCUGACCACGAAACGUUUCAGGCUUUUGAAAGUAGAAUAAGACAACGCCACCAACAAGCAUCUCACCACAGCUCCCCACCUGCGCAGGAUUUCCAGGGUUAUGAAAGUCAAACAACAAAAUUCCAUCAAAGUGCAUUUCAGCACAGCGCUACACCUGCUGCUGAGGUUUCAAAGCCACAGAUCAGCCUGUGUGGUCCAUCUGAAGAAUCAACACGUGAGGCUGAAAAGUGGCUCAGUGACCUUCUUAAUAACGCUCCUCGCUUUGUCGAGAUCCACAACAACUUCCUCCUGCACAUGAGCGAGCAGGACCACCUGAAGCUGUCUCUUUUAUCUGAAAAUGGGGUGCAGAUUGAAGAGUUUUUCACCAAAGGUCACGCCAGUUUAACUAUAGAUGGUAAAUCGAGCGAAGAUGUUGUUCUUGCUGCACUGAAGGUGGAGGAAAUGCUCUGCGAGAUCCAAAAAGAGUUUGUCUCAGAGGAAACACGUGAAUUGGAGCGACUGUCAGGCAUGAAAGCAUCUUUUGAAAGACAGCCAGAUGUCGUAUCAGACCCAAAGUUCUCAGAACGUGAACGGGCCUUCCAAGCUCAGGGGCUGCGUGUAACAAAGGUAGACAGAGUGAAAAAUCCUGCUCUGGAGGUUCUGUUUGGUCUGAAAAAACAACAACUGGGCUGUUCCAGUUCUGAAAGAAUGUUUCAGCGUAUACCUGCACAGUUCUGUGAGAUGAUCGGCCACAUUGGAUUCCAUGCAGAGUGUGCACCUCCUGAAGAUCCAAAGUAUGGAGUGGGCAUCUAUUUUGCAGGUUCAGUCGAAAAGGCCAUGGAGCUUUGGAAGGAGAAGCAUGAAGAGUUCCUGUACUUUGUGGAGGCAGAGGUGCUGACAGGAAAAACAUUUCCUGGUAAACGAGGCCUCAUCAUACCUCCUGUUCGGCGGUCUCCUGAUGUUCUGUAUGACAGUGUGACUGGAGGACCGAGGUCUGAUAUCUCUGUUAUUUUUAGUGGUUACCAGGCUCUACCAAAGUUCAUUUUCAUCUGUAGGAGGAAUUCCACUUUCUUGUAAGACAAACCGUUAUUUUCCAGGCAUGAGCCAGGAUGAGAACCAGUCUGAUCUAAAUAUAUAGAUUUGUUUAAUGCAUCAGUAUGUUCUGUUGUAGAAAUCUUUGUCUCAUUGGUUUCAUGACUAACAUUGGGAGUUCUUUUUGUUGCUGUUAAUAAUUACCUGCUAGAAUCUGUAUGAACAUAAAUUGAUUCUGAGGUUUCUACUUUUAUUCAAUAAGAUUCUUUACUUUCUGUGGAUUAAUGUUAUUCAGCAGCACAAGUAUUACAAAUAAUCUGUAUGUACCUAAACAAAUCAACUUUGGUUUAAGCAUAUCUUUGGACCAUUUUCAUUCAUGGAAUCACAAUCCAUUAAAGGCUGACAGUGUUGAAUCAACAAGUUGUGUAGUUUGAAUAUAAAGUGCUAGAAACCUUUAUUUUCAUUUAUCUUUUAGCAGAAGUUUUUGUUAAUGCAGGUGGAUUGUAGCACAAAUACAAGUGUGUAUUUUGAAGAAAUGUUGAUCUAAUUUUGCAUUUGAUCACUAAAUAAAAUUGUACUUGAAGGCUC